AUGGUCAUGAGCUUCGGAUGCCGCCUGGACACGUCCCUGGGGAGGUUUUCGGGCACGUCCCACAAGAAGGAGACCCCAGGCAAGGACACGCUGGAGGGACUCCUAAAGCACGUGGAGGACGCGGUGGGGCUGACGUUGCUCCCCGCGUCCUCAGUGGAACCAGACAACAGGCCGCCCUUUCCCUCCAAGCGGGAGAGGAGGGCCGUAGAGGCCGCGACUCCACGUGUGGGUGGCCCCUCUCGCAGUAACAGCCAGCUCGUGGUGGAGGACCUGCUAACCCCCUGUUCCCCUGGUGACCCCGCUGCCAUAGAGAUGACAUGGAUGGAUGUGCCUAGUGAUAAGCUGCUGGAGCCCAUUGUGUGUAUGUCUGACAUGCUGCGCUCUCUCUCCACCACGCGGCCUACGGUCAACACUGAAGACCUGCUCAAAGUCAAGAAGUUCACAGAAGACUUUGGCAUGGAGGGCUGA